AUGAACAGCGUAGGGGAGGCCUGCACUGACAUGAAGCGCGAGUACGACCAGUGCUUUAAUCGCUGGUUUGCCGAGAAGUUCCUCAAGGGGGACGGCUCCGGGGACCCGUGCACCGACCUCUUCAAGCGCUACCAGCAGUGUGUUCAGAAAGCAAUAAAGGAGAAGGAGAUCCCCAUUGAAGGACUGGAAUUCAUGGGCCAUGGCAAAGAAAAGCCUGAAAGCUCUUCUUGACCUUGACAGUCUCCUUGAAAAUGGACUCCUCGAAUCAGGAAAUAGAGGACACUGGAUUUCGUCAGUUAAGGCUGUUAAAAUAGCCAUCGAUUUGAUGAGUUUAGGAGGGAGUUUUCUUUCCUCCUUAAUUUCCUCUCAAUUGUGUAAGAGGAUGAACCAUCACUCUUUGCUUUGAGAGGAUUUCUUACUCUGGCAUCUUGCAGGAACUCCAUGUGCUAAAACUGAAUGAUUUCUUAGGAUUAUGAUCUGGGAUAAGCUUUAAGUAUCCUUUGUAUGUGAACACUGAUAGACUUGUCAGGAUGAUCAGGGUUGCCUAACCUCUUAAGUUUUGCUCUGAAGGACAUGAGGUACAUUGUACUGGGAUUAUUCAUGGAAGCGAUUGGUUAGGAUCUCUUCUCUCAGGGAGCUAAUGCUCUGAAAAAGGGAUCCCAGCACAAGUUUUAAUCAAUGCUUGGGAGCAUGGUUUUAUUUCUACAGAACUGUUAAGAUUGCUGGUGGACUGGGUUAGCCAACAGGAAAACAACUUUAACAGAGUUCCCUGCCUUAAAAAGAGGUGUCAGAUUUCAGAUUAAGAUGUGAAAGCUUGAAGAAUAUUGCAGUAAAAACCAUUUCAGAGCUCGCAGUGUAGUUUAGGAAUUAAGAUUUCAUGGAGUAACUAUGGAGGAACAUCCUAAAUUGCAAAGAUCUGCUGUUGCCAGUUUUCAACCCAAGUCAAUUAAGCCAACCCGUAUUAUCUUAAAACUGCCAAAAUGCUGCAUCUGGUUAAAAGGUUAAAGAGUUUGCUUUAUUUGCCUCAUGUAUCCACCCUGCCCUGGAAUGUCUGUAAUCAUGAAGAUGGAAUAAAUUGUAACAUCUAGUUUCA